AUGGCGUACCAUGACCAAGUUAUUGAUGAAUUGGGAGUGUCAAAAAUUCUAGGUCACUCAGUGCUCACAGAGCUGGACCUGAGAGCCACCAACAAAGCCACUAAUCUAGGUGUCGAUGCAUCGCCUAAAGUGGGGGGUUUUAGCGGACUAGAAGCGAACAGAUACGAGUCUACUCAUACCAACGACUUUCAACGUAUGGAGUCUAUUCAAAGCCAUUACGCUGCUCAAAAAACACCGGUGGCUUACCCACAACCCGGAAAGCCUGCUGCUGGGACCAGUGUAGGCGAACCUACGAUGGUGGACACCCUGGAAACUCCGAAGCGGGUGCACGAAGGGUCUUCGAAAAGUACCAGCAAGCGUAGACGUGACCUAAAUGGUGGGGCUCGAGACAAUGAUUCAGCCGUUUAUAGUCCAGUGUCAGAUGUCACCCGCAGAAUACGAAGACUACGAGUAAGAAGUCAACAGCAGACCCCACGCGAGAACCAAGCUAAGAUCAACGCCGUACGAAAUACUCCUCUUUCUGGCCCACCCCCUUCACAACUGGUAUUUGACGGAAAGCCACAGGCGACUUUUGCAAAACCGACGUUCACAUCCAUUAAUCGAGAAAGCAAGCCUGGCGCCAUUUUUUCGCGGCUUAAGAAAACAGAAGAGUCGGAUAAAACAAGGGCAUUCCGACGUGGAACAGCAAGGAACCAACUGUUGCAAAAUGCGGCGUCCGCGACCCAAUCCACUACGAACAUGGCUCCAAGUUCUGUUUUCCAGCGGCUGUAUACCCAAAGUACAAUUUCCAGAUCCAAUUCAAGCAACACUAUUAGCCAUACUCUGGAUUCUCAAAAAUUGAUUCCGAAUAGUAAGGCUACCUUACCCAAAAAACGAACGUCAUACCGAAAUCCCAGACAAUGA